AUGGAGGGGUCCGCCUACCCCGGGGAGGAGGAGGAGGAAGAGGUGGUGCCGACCUACGCCAGCGGCGCUCACUCGUGCUCCUCCCUCAUCCGCCUCGAGCAGGAGGCCAAGCGCAGGAGGCGGGCGCAGCUUCAGCAGCGCCGGCUCCACUCCAGCAUGCCAGGGAGGCAGAAUAGCGAUGAUGAUGUGCUGGACCUGGCUGAAUACACGAAGAACCAACCGUGGUGGCGCAAACUAUUUGGGCCGAGUUUAACAUCCAGUGAGGAAAAAUAUAACGUGGCCACCCAGCUGGCGAUUGGAGGUGUCACAGGAUGGUGCACUGGCUUCAUCUUCCAGAAGGUUGGCAAACUGGCAGCAACUGCCGUAGGAGGUGGCUUCUUCCUGCUUCAGCUUGCAAACCACACAGGAUACAUCAAAAUUGACUGGAAGAUGGUUGAGCGAGAUGUAAACAAAGCCAAGAAGCAUCUGAAGUUUUCUGGUAGCACCUCCAGCAAGUUGGCUCCAGAGGUGAAGAGCCAAAUGGAUGAGGCCAUCUUUUUUCUGAAGAAGAACGUUCUCCUGUCUGGAGGCUUUGUUGGGGGGUUCCUGCUCGGCCUGGCUUCUUAGGAGCCCUGCCUGUUCUGCCUUUCCACAUGCUGCUGUUGUGGCCAUCUCCUGCUCGGUUUCCUCCACCUCCACCGCCUGAUUGGCCUGCUGAAACAUUCUGCCUCCCGAAUUGCCUUUCUUUUUACGCCUGCAGUAUGGCCUCCAGAAACUCCACAGCUAGCCAUUUUUUCCCCAUUGGUUCCUCCUGUUUUAUUCAACACAAGAGGGAAGUUGGAUUAAUCUGCAGGAUGCAUUCUAUCCCUGCUUGAGGUGCCAGGCUGUGUAGAACUUCCCUCCCCUCUAUUUUUUCUUUCGCUUUUAUUGGCGUAAACUACACAGAAUACUGUGGAAGGACCCACAGUAUCUGUCUUUCGUGUGCCUCUCAUUGUGUGUCAAGAGCACAGCCUGCACUUCCUAGCAGAGCAAGAAAGCAGCUCAACAGGCUGGGACAAGAGCACGUCCUGAAAUAACCGGCAUCCAGAGUUGGCUUGUUCUUCCCUGCUUCCUAGCAAAGUUGGUGCCUGAGAGAAACAGCCUCUUGGUCUCCUCCGAGCUGUUACUUAUACCACAGGAUUGCUGGAAUAAUCGAUGGAAACUCUGACCGCUGAGUGGGAUUCUCUGUAGUCCUUUGUCUGACUGGAGGUCUGGAAAACUUGGCAGCGCUGCCUCUCCAGGAAAACAUCUUUCGCCGCAGCCCUGCAGAGAUGGCCAAAGUAAAACUUGGUUCUCCGCAGUGGAGUAGCUUCAGGAGGACAGUCCAGAGUUGGCACCAGUUUUAGAUAAAUUCAAGUCUUGGUAGCAACGGCCAGUGAAUCAUGGCAGUGGAAUUAUAUGGGUGGCCUCCUCUGUCUGGUUCAGAACUCUUGGGCAGUGGGGUGCAGGGUGAAGAGGGAGCUGGGUAGGUCUUCUUACGGCCUGGGCUCUGAGGAGGGUUAACUUUGGCCCAGAACGAAAGGAGCAAAAUUCUGGGCUGCGUGGCCUGACGUUUGUUUCCCUUUAUAGGAAUUGGAUAUUGAGCAGAAAGCUGCCAUGUUUUGUGUGUGUUUUCUGCUGACGUUCUUGCCAUCUUAUCUGUGGGAUAACAGCAUUAGUUCAUAGAGCUGCCUUUUUUUUUUUUUUAGUAUCUAUAAAUGCAUACCUUAUUGGAUAGCAGCAGCUUUCUUGGUCUGGAACCUCUUUCAUUGGUCGUAGGUAGAACAGUGCCAUGAAAGCUUACACCAUCCCUAAGACUGUUUCUAAGAAUAUAUAGGACUUGUAUGUUUCACCUUGCAAGACUCCACCCUCUAGCUCAGUGUUUCUCAACCUUGGCAGCUUGAAAAGAGGAAAACAACUACAGGUAGUCUCCACUUAAAAACCAUUCAUUUAUUGACAGUUCAGACUUAGGACGGUGCUGCAAAAACUGAUUUAUGACCGUCACAGUGUCCCCCCCGUCAUGUGACCAUGAUUUGGGCGCUUGGCAACCAGUUCACAUUUAUGACUAUCACAGCAUCCUGUAAUCAUGUCAUCGCCAUUUUCAACCUUCCCAGACAGCUUCUGGCAAGCAAAAUCAGUGGGGAACGGAAUGAUUCGCUUAACAAUCAUGUAGUUCACUUAACUGCCAUCGCAAAAAGGGUCAUAAAGUUGCAUUGGAUUUGCUUAAUGACUGCUUUGCUUAGCAACCAAAAUUCUGGUCCCAAUUGUGGUCGUUAAGUGAGGACUACCUGUAGCUUAAUAUUCUGACAAAAUGGAGUCUCCAGACUUGGAAAGCCAACUUGCUUUCACAGCAAAUCACUGAUCUCCUGACCUGUAAAGAAGCAAGGUGACAGGAAAACUGCAUUCUUAGUGAGAAAACCUCUACUGUAGCUGGUGGACUACCCAAAGUCAUUGUGAGCCACCUGCUCAGCAUCAACUGACAAAUACUUUUUCCCUUCCUCAGGCAGGUUGAAUAAUCUGGAAACUUUGUUGCCUUAGAGAGUAAACCUUUCCCUUGCUGAGUAGAAACGGCCUCUGUCGCUGGAUUUUAAAAUCAGUUGGUGAAAGAACCCACUUUAUUUAUGUAUUUAGCCACUGCUUGGGUUGCCAUUGGGUGCCUAAAAACCACGAAACUAGAAGACAAGCCCAUGACAUACCUUUAGUUGGUUUUAGGUGAUGAUUCUGACUAAUAGCUUUCAAACCUGGGAGGCAAGAUGCUCCUACUACAGUAUAUUGACCUGAACUACUGAUUCAUCUUAACCAGGUAUUGUCAUCUCUGACUUGCAGUGGCUGGUCAUGGUCUUGAUUACAGGGUUUCUCAAACUUGGCAACUUUUAAGAUGCGUGGACUUCAACUCCCAGAAUUCCUGGCUGGGGAGUUCUGGGAGUUAAAGUCCAUGUGUCUUAAAGUUGUCAAGUCUGAGAAAAUGGCCUUUGCUAGUAGUUGAACCAAGAUUAGGGGUUUAAUGUGGGACUGUAUGUAUUCUUAUCAUGGGUUCUUGUCAUUCCUGCUCCCCAAAGGAAAUUGAUGGUCAUGUAAUCCUUGGGCAGUAGGAUUCUGAGCUCCUGCAAGACGGGUUUUAACAAUCUCCGAAGGGUCCCUGGAAUUUGGUUAAUCUCAUUGAGCCAAAGGCUAGUUUCAAGGAUUUUAUUAUCAACUAGAAGAUGCCUAAAAUACUUUCCAUGCUAAGAAGUCUUUAAACAUAAGAGGGAGCUUGAAUAAGCCAACUAACCUAUUUGGAAACAAAAGAGAGAAUAAUAUCACCCUUUGGGGAAAAAGCAGAAUGAGUGCAGAAAAAAAUAAUCUGUUAAAAGAAUUUCAAUAGAAGAUAUUCAGCUGAUAAAUCUUUUUAUUCAGCACUUCGGGUUCAAUCUUCAGAAUAUGCAGAAGCAUGAAUGUCCCACUUAUCUACAUCUGAAAACAGAUGGAUCUUUUUCCCAGAAUCACACUACUACUGUGUGAUGAAAGGGAACAAUCGCUUUAUGGCAGUGUUUCUCCGCCUUGGCAACUUUAAGAUGGGUGGACGUCAACUCCCAGAAUUCCCCAGCCAGCCGGAGAAUGCUGGCUGGGGGAUUCUGGGAGUUGAAGUCCACCUGCCUUAAAGCUGCCAAGGUGGAGGAACACUGCUUUAUGGUGUUACGAUCUGGCACUGUAUAUAUACCCUUUGGAGUCUGAAUCGGAAACAUUACAGAAAUUAGGUCAAUUCUAAUUUAACUGGGUGGGGCACAGUUGCAAAACUGAAUUCAAAUGCUAUCAGCCCUCUGUAUCAGGAAUACUAUGGUUCUAUGUCUUUAUAUGGUAUUCAAAUGUUUUGAAGUAAGAAUUAAAAGUAAAUGGUUUUUCGGAG